AUGGCAACCGGGAAAUACAUCCCUCCAGCCCUCCGCAACAAUAAGGGGGAAAUCGAUGACAAGCAACAGCAACCCCAGGACCAGCAGGAACCUCUGAACUCAAUGUCUACAUCUUACCAACUGAAAGGUACGGAAACAUACUUCGGGCAUUCAUUCCGGCACGGCGUUUGCGACACGCUCCACAAUCUCAACAGCAGCAACAGCAGCAACUACUACUACAAUAAAAGUUUCUCAAAAUGUGGGAAACCCCCGGCCCCAGCAACCACCACUACAUGUUCACCGCGAGAGCGACAGCGACAGCGAUGGCAAGGAACCCUCAACACAACCGCCAAUGAUCCACACACGCUGGCAUAUAUAGUCCUUUUCAGAGAGGCCCAUCCAUUUUGGGAAACAAAGCGUGAAAUUUUGUGCAAGUCGAACCUUCAUCUUCUCCCAGAGUCGUUCGCGGCAACACUGAAUGUCACCACCACCACCAUAGUUAGCUACCCCAUCUUCGUUCCCCAAUCAGCCCCAAGGCAAUACCAUGCCCCCCUCUCCUUUGCCGGCUACUACCGUAUCUGCUCCGUCCGCUAUCUAGCACCACGCAGCCGCGAGCUCGCCGCGUACCUGGAGGUAAAGUUCGGGACCCAGCACCGGACUUCUGAGAAGUGGAUUGGGAGUUUAUCGCGUCGGUGGGCAGUUGUUACGCUAGAUCUGGAUGUAGGUCGGGGGGAAGCGCUAGUCCCUGCGGUUAUGGCCGAGGUAGAUGGUGACAGAAGUAGGAGGGGAUGUUGA